AUGUUUCGACUCGCCGUCUGGCUAUGUUUGGCGACGCGCGCGCGGGGCGACGGACUACUCGUCCUCACAAGCCCGGGCUACGCGACCGUCGGCGUCGGCGAAGCAUUGGUGUUCGAGGUCGUCGACGCGUCUGGGGCAGUCGCGGCACCCGUCGUGCGCGUCGGCGGCGAGGUGGCCGCCGUGGCGCUGCGGUCCGCGCGGCCGCUCGCCGACAACGCAACGGCAUGGACGUUUCGACUGUUCCUGGAGCUCGGCGCCCACGCCGUCGAAGCCUGCGCCGGGUGCUGCGUCUCGAUGAUAGCCCGCGUCGUGCGCCCGGCCGGCCACCGGUCGCUCCAGAGCUUUUACCACGGUCGCGGCGACUGCGCGUUCACGGAGUCGGAGCGGGUGGUGUUGUUGCUCGACGACGUCGCGGCGUGCGGGACUCUCGCGCACCACCGGUUGCGCGUCGUCGUCGAGCCUCCAGCGGACGCGAUUGAGCGGCGCGCGGUCGAGCACUCGCUGCUGACCAGCCUCGCCUGCGCCGCGGCCACCGAGCUCGUCGUCGCGGGCGGCGCCGCCGCCGCGCCGCCGUGGCUCCGGGCGCCGCCGGCGGUCGAUGGACGCGGCCGACGGCGGACCGGAGCGUUCCCGUCGUUCGCCUGGGGCGCGCCCGGCGAGCCGACGUACGUCCUCUACGUCGGAAGCGGCGCCACGCCCAACCAUACGGACACCGCGCCUGCGUUAGCUAUGGCGCUGGCCGCGCGCCCUCCUCACGCGCGCCUCUCGCUCGUCUGGCCCCGGGGUGCGCCGGACGCUGACGACGUUCGUACGCACGAGAACUUGGUGGGCCUCCGGGACCACGUGGCGCGCUGCGCGCGCGCGAAGAUGCCGCUGCCGCCGUACGUCUGCGGCCGGCGCGCGCGCGUCGCCGGGUUCGUGCGGCUCGACCUCGCUUUUGUCGAUGCCACGAAAGCGACGCCCCAGCACCGCGCCCGCGACGUCGUCGUCCGCCUCCUGGAGCACGGAGGCGCGUUCGGAGUGCACGUUGAAAAGCUCGACGCGAACAACUCGCUCGCGCGCGCCGACCUCGCCUGGACCCUCGAGAACCUGGCAGGCGCGCCGAGCUACGAGGCUUUAACGCCAGCGGACCCCAAAAACGGCUCGAUCCGCGAGACUGCGAGCCUCUUCGUUUUGCACGGCGCCGACGCGCGGGAGGUUGCGACCGCGUUCGCCGCGGUCGAGACCUGGACCGGCCCGACCUGCGGCGCGAUAGCGUGUCCCCGCGAGGGCGCGUGGAUCGACUACGCCGCGACGGUGUCUACGACGGACCGCGUGCAGGUCAAACUCGUCGACAGCGACGUCGCCUUCCGCGACUGCGCGCACGGCGCGCUUGUCGCCCGCGAGGACCCCGCGACGACGCCACGCUUCUUUGGGCGGGGGUUACUGCUACGCCAACCGCCGUGCGAAGGCCAGGUCUGGUCGGCCUGCGCCGCCGAGCGCGUCCGCGACGCCGUGGCCUGGCGCGAGGCGGUGAGCACCUUCGACGAGGCCGGCGCGGUUCGGGCGCUCGCCGGCCUCGUGAAAGCGGGUCUCGCGCUCGCGCGGAGCCGAGUCGCCCAUCGGGAUCUGCACGCGGGCAACGUUCUCGUCGCGGAGGGUCGCGUCGUCGUCGUCGACUUCAGCUGGGCCGCGCGGCUGGACGAUCGUCGAGAAUGGGCCCGCGACCCGGCUCUUUCCGCGACGCCGGGCGUCGGCGAACACGCGCUGCACGCGCAUGCGAUUGCCGACGAGUCCGACGCGGCGGCGCUCGCGCGCCUCGUCGAGCUCGCGGCGCCCCGGGCGGACGCGCGCGCGCAAGAUGUCGCAUCCGUGCUGGUCGCGGCCCUCGACGCGCACGCGCGGUCGUCCGUCGCGCUCGCCGGCGCCGAGGACGCGCUCGCGGCGGCGCGCGACGCCCUGCUGGACCCGACCGUCGUCGUCGCGCGCCCCGCUCCGCCGGAAACGCAUCACGCGUGUCCGCCGACGCCCGAACCCGCGAUCGGCGCUCACGUUUUUGUGCUCUGGGGCGUCGCGGAGCACGCGUGGCCUCGCCUCGUGCCGCGAAUCGCCGCCGAGGCCGAAAUCCUCCACGUCGCGCGCCUCGCCGCGGCACCGUCCUGCGCGCGCAUCCUGCGCCUCUACGGCCACCAGCCGCUGGCCUAUUCCGUACUCGAGGGCAAGUGCGGCUUCGUGCGCGGGCGCGCGCCGGCGCUCGUCGUCGUCGCGCGCUUCGACGCGCUACCCCUGCUGCCCGUCGAAGAUGCAGCGACGGACGGUGUGAUUAAUCGCGCCGCGGACGCGCGGGCGGUCGCGCUCAAGGCCGCGCUCCGGGCGGACUUUCGCGACCUGGGCAUCGCCGUCCCGGAUUACGUCCACGGCACCGUGGACGCGUGCGAGGCCCGGCGCGACGCGCUCCUACUCGCUGGCGUGCGUCUGGCCGACCUCGUUGCCGCGCGCGGCGCGAGGCCCGGUCCGGACCCCAUCGCGGGCGGCGAGGUCCACGUGUUCGAGCGGCCCUGCGCGGCCGGGGAGCCGCCGUGUGGUUGGAGGGACCUCUCCGAGGCCAUCGCCGCCGCGGCCGCCACGACGCGGCUCGCCGUGUACCGGAACCCGGGGCCGUGCCUCGCCGGCGACGGCGCCUGCGGCGACCUUGACCUCCUCGUCGAGAACGUCGACGCGGCGCUCCUCGCGCUGGGCGUCGCGGGCGCCGGCACGGACGCCGCGAGCGCGCGUCCCGCCGCCGGGGCGGUGAGUGAAGCCUGGAGCGAACACCACUUUGGCGUGCACCUCGCCGGCGGCGCGAUGGCACUCGUCGAGGUCCGCGCAGUCGACGACCCUGCUGGUUUUGGCGACGGCGUCGGCGAUGGAUGGCGGCGCGACAUGCUCGCGAGGCGAGAGUGCGCGCCGUGGGGCGAAGGCGGCGCCUGCGUCGUUUCGGAGCGCGACCAAUUUUACGCCCUCCUCCACGGCGCGCUCGCCGACGGCGCCCGCAUCCAGGCUCGGUACGCCGACGCCUUGGAAUCCAUGGCGCCCCGUGUUGGUGACGAUGCCGCGGCGGCCGUAACUAAUGGAACGGUCGCCGCGCUCGCAGCACACCUCGCGGCGUUCUUGGAAUCUUGUGGCUACCUCGAGUCCGUCGGCGCGGAGGCGCUCGGGCGCCUCGCCCGCGAGGCAGACUAUCCUCUCCCAACGUAUGUGAAAAAUGCCUAAUUGUGCUCCGCCAUCC